CUUUUGACGGUCGGGGGCAGGCGCCAUUUUGGCCGUAGAGGUGCUUCUGGGAAGUAGUGCGCUGACCUACACACCUUGCCAGCCUGCCGGGUAUGGCCUCUUCUGCCGGGGCUUUCUAGGUCGAAGUGUGCGCGUCUACAGCUGUUGCUGCCUUACUCUCCGCAGCCUCCAAGGCCUCUAGUCGGGCGGGAGCCUCUGAGCACCGGGCCGCGCCGUCGGUGGUCACAGCGCCGGGAAGGAGGUGACAGGGGCGGCGCGGGGCGCAGACACUCCCCGCCGAGAGCCGCCUGCCAUGGACUCGGAAUAUUACAGCGGCGACCAGUCAGAUGAUGGUGGCGCUACCCCAGUACAGGAUGAACGGGAUUCAGGGUCAGACGUUGAGGAGGAUGUAAAUGAGCAGCACUCUGGAUCAGACCCUGGAAGUGUAGAGCGUCAUUCAGAGAAUGAACCUAGUGAUCGAGAAGAUGGCCUCAACAAAAGACAUCAUGUGACAGACUCUGAGAAUGAUGACCCCUCAAAUCUUAAUGCCAGUGACUCUGAAAGUGAGGAGCUUCAAAGGCAAAAAGACAGUGACUCUGAAUCGGAAGAGCACGCGGAGCCUCCUGCGAGUGAUUCCGAAAACGAGGGCGUCAGUCACCAUGGGAGCGACUCUGAGAAUGAGGGGACCAGGAAGUUACCUGUGAGUGACUCUGAAAAUGAGCAGCUGCUUAAUGGGCACGCGAGUGACUCAGACAAUGAAGACGUUAGGAAGCCUCCUGCCAGUGAUUCAGAGGUUGAAGAGCUCCCCAAAAGUCCUGCCAGUUACUCGGAAGCAGAGGAUGCGCUAAAACCUCAAGUCAGCGACUCUGAGAGUGAGGAGCCCCCAAGACACCAAGCCAGUGACUCUGAAAACGAGGAGCUUCCCAAACCUCGCAUUAGUGACUCGGAAAGUGAGGAGCUUCCCAAGCCUCGGAUCAGUGACUCAGAAAGUGAGGGGCCUCAGAGGACUCAGGCCAGUGACUCGGAAACUGAGGAGCUUCCCAAACCCCGGAUCAGUGACUCAGAAAGUGAGGACCCACCAAGGCACCAAGCCAGUGACUCGGAAACUGAGGAGCUUCCCAAACCCCGUGUCAGUGACUCAGAAAGCGAGGAUCCCCCAAGGCACCAAGCCAGUGACUCGGAAACUGAGGAGCUUCCCAAACCCCAAGUCAGCGACUCUGAGAGCGAGGAGCCUCAGAAGGGACCUGCCAGCGACUCCGAAGCUGAGGGUGCCUCCAGACACAAACCGAAGCCGGGCUCUGAGGAGGACAGCGACGGGGAGAGCAAGAGAGAGGACACAGCAGUACAGAGUGGCCCCUUUCGUGCAGAUGCCCAUGCAGACAGGAAGCGGUUCAGCAGUUCUGACAGCGAGGAGGGAGAACCAGAAAGGCCCAAGAUUGGCAGUGAUGAGGAUGAAGAAAAAGAGGGGGCGGAGGAGAAGGUAGCGAAGCGAAAAGCUGCCGUGCUUUCUGAUAGUGACGAUGAAGAGAAAGCAUCAGCAAAGAAGAGUCGUGUUGUCUCUGAUGCAGAUGACGGUUUUAACCAAGAAGAUUUGGAAGAAGAAAAAAGUGAAACACAGGUAAAAGAAGCAGAAGAUUCGGAUUCUGAUGAUAACAUAAAGAGAGGAAAACACAUGGACUUUCUGUCGGACUUUGAGAUGAUGUUGCAGCGGAAAAAGAGCCUGAGUGGCAAGCGCAGGCGUAACCGUGAUGGUGGUACUUUUAUUAGUGAUGCUGACGACGUUGUGAGCGCCAUGAUCGUCAAGAUGAAUGAAGCUGCUGAGGAAGACAGACAGUUGAAUAAUCAAAAAAAGCCAGCACUGAAAAAAUUAACAUUAUUACCUACUGUGGUCAUGCACCUUAAGAAGCAGGACCUUAAAGAAACAUUUAUUGACAGUGGUGUGAUGUCUGCCAUCAAAGAAUGGCUCUCCCCUCUACCAGAUAGGAGUUUGCCGGCACUAAAGAUUCGAGAAGAGCUGCUGAAGAUUCUGCAAGAGCUACCUAGUGUGAGCCAGGAGACCCUGAAGCAUAGUGGGAUUGGACGAGCAGUGAUGUAUCUCUAUAAACACCCCAAGGAAUCAAGGUCCAACAAGGACAUGGCAGGGAAAUUAAUCAAUGAAUGGUCCCGGCCUAUAUUUGGUCUUACCUCAAACUACAAAGGAAUGACAAGAGAAGAAAGGGAGCAGAGAGACCUAGAGCAGAUGCCUCAACGGCGACGAAUGAACAGCACUGGUGGUCAGACACCCCGAAGAGAUUUGGAAAAGGUGCUGACAGGAGAGGAAAAGGCUCUUAGACCUGGAGAUCCUGGAUUCUGUGCCCGGGCAAGGGUCCCCAUGCCCUCGAACAAGGACUAUGUUGUCAGGCCCAAGUGGAACGUGGAAAUGGAGUCGUCCAGGUUUCAGGGGACCUCCAAGAAGGGUAUCAGUCGACUGGAUAAACAGAUGAGAAAGUUCACAGACAUCAGGAAAAAAAGCAGAUCUGCACACGCAGUAAAAAUCAGCAUCGAGGGCAAUAAAAUGCCCUUGUGACUGCCUGGGAGGUUCCCUAUCUCUGCUCUUAAGAAAUGCGCAAUGGACUCUUUGGCGAACGAUGACAUUUUAAAAACUUUUUUAGUGUACUUGUAAAUGAUUCAGCUUGUAUCAAAUGUUGUCAUAGGACUUGCAUUUCUCUCAGUUAUAUUUAAAACCAUUUGUUGUGCACUUUGUACAGAAGAAUACUAGUCAUACUUCUAUCAACUUUACACAAUAAAAUUCCAUUCUGGUUUUGGG